AUGGUGAGCCUGGCGCGGAUGGAAAUCCUGGAACACACGGAGACGCAGGACCACCAGGAAGCGGUGGAGAAAGGGGUAUCUGUCCCAAAUACUGCGCUAUCGAUGGAGGAGUCUUCUUCGAGGAUGGCAGCCGGCGUUGAAUUUAGUUUCCGCCAAAGAACACAUAUAUUUUGUACAGCAGCAUACAAAGUAAAAUUUCUAUUAUCUUCCUUUUGUUAA